UGGAGGAGGUGUACAUGAAGCAGCCAGAGGGGCUGGAUGAUGGGGGCGGCAGGGUCUGCACGCUGAAGAAGGCCAUCUAUGGCCUUAAGCAUGCGCCUCGUGCAUGGUAUCACAAGUUGGAGGAGGCGCUGUUGGCUGGGGGUUUCAAGAAGAGUGAGUGUGACCCCAGCCUGUUCCUGCUGCAGGAGAAGGUGGCAUUGGGUGAGGAGACUCCUUGAUAAGGAGGUGCGGCUGGAGAAAGUGAAGACCCAUCAGCAAGCAGCAGAUAUUUUCACUAAACGUCUGGCGGAGGCGAAUCAUUGGAAGGGCAUGAAGCUUGCUGGGAUGAGUGUGCAUUGAGUAUGCAUGCUUGAGAUGCUGGUAUGGUGGAUGAUGGUUGGCAGCCAGAGGGGGAGAUUGUUGUGUGAUGUCAUC